AUGAGACUACCUUGGGUGGUCCUGACACUCACACUCGCACCUUCAGUGGUGUCAGCAGCUCUCUUUCCUGCAGACGCGAAAGUCGAGAUGCUUGACACAAAGAGUUUCAGGAAGGCUAUGAAACAGAACGUGACUUCUGUGGUCGCGUUCGUUGCUCCCUGGUGUGGCCAUUGCCAAAGAAUGGCUCCCGAAUUCAGCAAGGCGGCGGUCGUGCUCACCCCGAUGGUCCCGCUCUACGCGGUCGACUGCGAUAACGAGGCGAACAAGCGUCUGUGUGCAGAACAGGGCGUGCAGGGCUUCCCAACGGUCAAAUUGUUCUCUCGUGGUGGGCAGUCAAGAGCCAUUACCUUCGACUCAAACGAACGAACGUCGAAGUCGUUCUUCUACUGGGCAUCAAAGAAUAUUCCACAUGCUGUGAAACGACUGGAUGCUGUCCCGAAUAUUCGGGGGUGGGUAGAGGAUAACAUCGCCAAGCCUCGCGCAAUUCUCCUCAAUCCAGGGAAAGAGAUACCCCUGAUGUGGAAGUCUCUGGGGAAUAAGUACAAGCACGCGGUAUCGUUUUCCAUUCACCGCGACAAGACUGGGAAGAGCGCGAUGAAGCUAGGAGCGGAAGACCAUGCAUCGAAAGCAUCGCGGAUCCUGAUAUAA